CACAAUGUUGCGGCAUAUUCUAAAUGAUUCUUCUUCCUGGUUCAACAAACUGUCGAUUCAUCUUCUACUUAAUCCAUACAAGGUCUCGCGAUUGGGGACGAUAAAUUGCACCGCCAGUGUUAAUUCCAAGGAUUCUCGGCAGUUAAGCACCAGUUAUCCUCCUCAGCCUAACUCAAAACUGAAUAAUCCUGCGGCUGGCGAGCAUGUCUCAACCUAGCGACUACACAAUCGGCUGGAUAUGCGCUCUAAAAGUCGAAUUCGUUGCCGCGCAAGAAUUUCUCGACGAAGAGCAUGAAGGACCGGCGUUUAUAUCUCAACGCGAUGAUAAUAAUUACAAGUUAGGCAGAAUUGGGCAACACAAUAUCGUGAUUGCCACCCUGCCUUUUGGGAGCCACGGUACGACCACAGCUGCAACUGUUGCUAGAGAUAUGGUGCACUCUUUUCCAAAUAUAAGAAUUGGACUGAUGGUUGGCAUUGGCGGUGGUGCUCCAAGCAAAAAUCAUGAUAUCCGUCUUGGCGAUAUUGUAGUCAGCGCUCCGAGCAAUGGGACCGGUGGAUUAUUCCAAUACGAUUUUGGCAAGAAUAUACAGGAUCAACCUUAUCAAACUACGGGAUUUUUGAACCAGCCGCCAUCUGCUUUACUGACCGCACUGGCUGGAAUUCAGGUCCAGCACGAGAGAAAAGGCAACAAGCUAGAAGAAGCUGUUAAACAAAUCUUUGAGAAAAAUAGGAGGCUAUUGCCCCGAUAUAAGCGGCCGGACUCAAGCAGUGAUAGGCUAUAUCGAUCUGAAAUCGUCCAUCCGCAAUCAAGGGAGAGCUGCGCAGCCGUCUGUGGCUCAUCAGGAUUGAUAAAACGAUCUGAAAGAACCGAAUAUGAGGAUAAUCACGCCGUUCAUUACGGUCUGAUUGCGUCAGCAAACCAGCUCAUGAAGAAUGCCUUAGAUCGAGAUAGACUUGCGGCAGAGAAGGAUGUAUUGUGUUUUGAGAUGGAGGCAGCCGGGUUAAUGAACCACUUCCCUUGCCUCGUUAUCCGCGGGAUCAGCGAUUACUCUGAUUCCCAUAAGAAUGAGGAGUGGCAGGGCUAUGCAGCAAUGGUAGCUGCAGCAUAUGCAAGAGAUCUUCUGUCUCAAAUGCCGUUUACUAUAGUUCAAGCUGAGAGAAAAUUCAUCGAUGUUCUAUACAGCUGCAAUAAAGCUAUUGAAGAUCACCAUGAUUCGAUACAAAAGCAUAUCCAACUUCAAAAAGAUCUGGCACAAGAGAAGUUGUCUGAUAAAGAACAGAAAGCAAGAGAGGAAUGCCACCAGCUAUUUCGUCUUACAGAUAACGAUAAAGACACCACGUAUGAGUGGUAUAAAGAUCGCGUGGAAGAUCGGGUUGAAGAUACAUGCAUGUGGUUCCUUAACCACGACCACUUCAAGAGGUGGUUAAACCAAGAUACUGGCCCAUUACUAGUUACGGCAGAUCCUGGAUGUGGAAAGUCAGUGUUGGCUAAAUACCUGAUUGAUUACAUCCUCCCGCAGGCAACAACUACUGUCUGUUAUUUCUUUUUCAAAGACCAAGACCAGAAUACCAUGCGACAGGCACUUUGCGCACUUCUUCAUCAGCUUUUUUCUAAAUCGCCAUCUCUAAUUAAACAUGCUAUGCCACAAUACCGAACCAAUGGCAGAGGUUUAAUUAAUUCCACGGAAUCUCUUUGGAAAAUUUUACAAAACUCUGCAACAGACCCGUCUAAUACGGAAUCUGUCACUAUAGUCCUCGACGCGUUGGAUGAAUGUGCUGAGUCCGAAUUUGAAGACUUAGUAAAGAAUGUGAAGAGACAAUUCAGUGGUUACCAGAAGGGUUAUAGCAAGUUAAAGUAUCUUUUAACUUGUCGCCCGUAUGAGCAGAUUGUGUCAAGAUUCCGCAGUCUCUUGAGUACUUUUCCAUAUAUUCGAAUACCAGGAGAGGAAGAGUCAGACGCCAUUAGUCGAGAGGUGGAUCUCGUUAUAACAUACCAGGUUGGCCUCUUAGCAAGAGAUAAGCUUUUAUUGCCUCCAAUCACGAACAUACUCGCAAAAAGGUUAAAAGAAACUACUAACCGCACAUAUCUCUGGAUAUACUUUAUAUUUGACUACCUGAAGAAAGAGAAUUUUAAAAAAACAGAAAGAGCAAUCAUGUCCAUUAUUACGGCUCUUCCCAGAACGAUUAAUGAGGCCUAUGACCAUAUUCUCAGCAAAUCUCAAGACGUCAUAAUUGCUCGCAAGGCUUUGAGCAUUGUCUUAGCCGCAAGUCAGCCACUAAAAGUCUCAGAAAUGAACAUUGCGGUGAAUAUGGAUUUCCAAUCAACCCGCGAUCUUGAUUUGGAGGAUGACUCGGAUUUUGAAAGGCGCCUCAGAUCUUGCUGUGGGUUGUUUAUCUCAAUCUAUCACGGAAAUGUUUAUUUUAUUCAUCAAACGGCUCGAGAGUUUCUCAUAGAUUCAGCAUUGCCUACGGCUACUUUACCGAAACUGCUGUGGCAUCGCUCUAUCACUAUCCGCAACGCCCAUGCUACGCUUGCGGAGAUCUGCGUGUUGUAUCUCAAUCUUCUCAACGAUGACAGUAGACUCUCGGCAAGUGCAACUGUGUCUGGUAACCAAACCUCUUUCAAUGAGAGGUUUAUAGACUACUCGGCUAAGUUUUGGAGCGCUCAUUUUCAUGAAGCCAAUUUCGAGGAUGGUGAAACCAUUAUACCUGUCGCUCUGAAAAUCUGUAAUCCAGUAUCAAAGAGCUACUCUAAAUGGGUUGGAAUUUAUACACGAUUUAUAAAUUACGAACUAAUAAGCGUUACGCGGCCACGAAGUUUUACGGAUCUUAUGGUAGCGGCAUACUGUGGCCAUCAUGUCCUUGUUAAAUUGCUGCUUCAGCAGGGCGCUGAUAUCGAGGCGAAAGAUCAUUUCAAUCGGACGCCGCUUUCAUGGGCCGCACAUAACAGACACGAAGCCGUUGUUGAAAUGCUACUCGAGAAGG